CACAGACACAGAAAAACUUUUUGCAGUGAGCACUUGUGUCCAUGCGACUAGCGUCAUUUUCGGAGCUUUGACUCAAUCGGUAGCAGCGUUGGGCCGGGGGACGCAAAACAAACGAGCGGGUGACGGAAGCAAAAAUGUCUAAUUACAGCACGGACUCGCCCACCACUCAGAGGAGCCCCACCUCUCUAUUUUCUGUCUCUUCUGCCAUCACAGAAAGCAGCACCAACAUCACGGACACCUUCACUCACUCUUUGUUCGACAAGAUUGCAGACAAUGACAUAAUCUCCACAGCAAACUAUCUGUACAGUUUAUUUGCUACCCUCGGUCUCUUAGCAGGUUGCUUCCUGCUUUACAGUUUCAUUCAGACCUACCGUGCCCACAAGAGGCUGGCUUGGCUCGGCUGCCUCCUCUGGGUCUUUUGUGGCUUUCAGCUGCUGCACCUGCUCCUCUCACUGCACAUUGUGGCCCACAGACCUCAAUACCUAAAGACCACAGCUUUGGGCUGUGCCGCCCUCUCCUUCACCAUCAACACAGCCUCUCUGUGUGGCAUUUUGGUCUUAGUGCUUAUGGCAUCCGUCCUCACCUUUGAUCCUCCAUCCCAUCACCUGCUGAGAAAGUCUAGCUUCUGUGCGGCACUAGUGAGCAUCACUUCUGUACUGAUCUGUCUGGUGCUGGCUGGCAUUCGCGGACCCAGCGGAGAUCUGCAGAAAAAGGUCGACUGUUUGAUGGAUCCAACCAAAGAUGGUGUUUCAUAUGCAGCUGCUAGGCUGUGUUUGGUCUUUCUGAUUCCCUACAGCCUCCAAAUGGGACUUCUGAUAGGUGGCUGCGUCCGCCAGUGGAAGUCAAAAGGACGUUUCCUCUCUGGCUCCGAGGAAGGUCCUGUGUUCCUGACAGUCUCCGUGGUUACGCUCAUCUGCCAGCUCUUCUACAGCGCGUCGCUACUCAACGGGGCUCUGCUUGAGAAAGAGAGGCAGCUGGGCUUUCGCCCAUUUCUGAGUGUGGCUGAGUUUGUACUGUUCUCGGGAAGCAGCGCCAGCCUGCUGUUCGUGCUGUUCUUGCACAGGCCGUGUCGAGAGAGCCUCUUUGGUGUGAUCAGGCGGCUGAGGGACUGCUGUCGACGUCCAGGGCGCACACAGCCCAACAGAAAUAUCAUCGCUCCACACAUUGAGAUCACAGACACUCUGGAAGACAUCGAGUCUUAGAAAUGUGGCUGUUUGCUAGGACGGAUCUCUUCCGAUGCAUCAGAUUAAAUGUCUUGUCUGUUGUGGACUAUGUGAAUGUUUUUACAAACAUGCAUCUCAUCUCUCCAGUCACUGAAAGCUUGCAGAAAUCCUGUUUUAUGUAUUUUUUUUUUAACAUUUCUAUUGACAAUGUACAAAAAAAAAAGCAGUACAUUUUUCCAUGUUAUGUCUAUACAGAGGUUUUAUUUCUUAAAUAAGGGAAUCAAAAAACAAAGAUUCUGUAUGUCUUCAUCCUGUUCCAGGAUAAAUGUCUUUUCUUGGAAACUUUGUUUUGCAUAAGCCUGAUUUGCACAAAAGCAUAUUAAGACAAAUGCUUGGAAAAUCCUCUGCAACUCCCUGCAUGCUACAUAGGAAAAAUGCAGUCUAGGAAAACUAAAGUCAGAUUCUAUUUUUAUGCCAACAGUGUCAACAAGUCUUCAUGCAAUUAUGUUAACAAAAAGUUGUUACUGACUCAGAAAACUGCACGGAUGAACACUUUUCAAGAAAUUCAUGGCCACCAGUUCUAGGAAUAAGUGACCUCCACGGAUAUCAUUUUCCAUCGGUGGCAACACAGAGCGGGGCCCGGGCUGCAUGAGAUGCUGGCGUUAACUUUAAUGUGGGAACCUGAUUCACAGCAGCAGUAGCUCAAAUCUGGGAUCUCAAGGACGCUACUUCCAGUUUCAAACUUGUCAAAUGCAACGCGAUACACUGAGCUGACAGAGCUGUGUCCUAAAAAACCAAAUCAAAGAGCAAAGAUGCUCCUGCACAAACUGUCUUUAUGAGCUUUUAAGUAAUUUGAAGCCAGUAGAGAUCAAGCGAGGCUGUACGUGUUUGCUGUCCAUCUUGUUUAGUGUAAAUGUGCUGUUCAGAGACAGGCCGACUCCUAUAUUUACAUAUUUGAACAUUAAACAGUCAUCACUAGUGUUGACAAGAUGACCUCAUGUCUCAAAUGGACGUAACCAUAUAAGCAAUAAAAAAAAAAAAAUGCCCAUACUAAUAUAAAUAUGGGAUGUUCAAUAUGACAAGGGACUGUAUUACUCAUAAAAAAGUAGUAAAGGUUUGAUAA